AUGUUCCUUCUGCGUUGGCUCUUCGUCACCUUCAUGUCGUCCUUCGUUUUGGCUGACGUCAACGAUGCCGUCGAUCGUCUGAUAGCCGCCCUUCCAGGACAGGUCCAAACUAAUGAUAUUCCCCCACCAUAUAACACACGAUUUGAUGAAGCCAAUGGUUACGAUCCAGCCGCUAUGGUUUACGUGUCUUCAGCUGAGGAUAUUAUUAUUGUCUUGAAGAUCUGUUACGAGGAAGAUACUCCUGUAGCUCUGAGGAGUAAUGGUGGCCACUCUUAUAUCGGACAAUCUACAGUCAACGGAGGUGUCAUCAUCAACUUCUCGGAAAUGAAGAGUUUCGAUGUUACUUAUGAUGAUGAUGGUCGGUACGUCGCUAAGAUGGGCUCUGGUUUGAUGUUGUUGGAAGUGUACUCGAGGCUUGCUCGUCAUGAUCCCCCACUAGGAGAUGUUUACGGUGGCCCCUAUAAGGCGAAGUCCAUCUACUUCCCCAAGGAUAUGAGCAUUGAAACUUUGGAGUAUCUCGCUGAAGCCUCGGUCGACCCAGUGUGUCAAAAUGCUGGUGAUUGUGUGAUGCUCUUAGACUUCUACGGUCAUGCCAUGUCAGAAGAGCCCGAGGACUGUGACCCAAGUGCUGGCAAGUGUACCUCUUUCGAUCACCGAACGCCCGGGUGGCACCUGCAAAUGUUGGCUAUUUGGGAUAGGGAUGAGCCAACUCCCACUGAUAAACUUGCAUGGAUUCAGCAGACUUAUGACUCGGUCUUUCCAGUGUCGCUCGGUGAGGCCUUUCAGAAUUACAUCGAUUCUGACUUGGCUGAAGGCCGUGAGUGGAUCAGUCAGUAUUUCCCUAAUGCGGAUACUUAUCCAAGACUUCAACAAGUGAAGUGUCGAUAUAAUGGGAUUGACAUGUUCAACUUUGCGGCCAUUGACCUGAUGACUAUUGAUAUUGAUGACGACAUAUGCGGAGUAGAUACCACAUCGACUACUGAGGUCCCUACCACUACGACUACUGAGGUCCCUACCACUACGACUACUAAGGUCCCUACCACUACUUCUACCGAGGUCCCUACCACUACGACUACUGAGGUCCCUACCACUUCGACUACUGAGGUCCCUACCACUACGACUACUGAGGUCCCUACCACAUCGACUACUGAGGUCCCUACCACUACGACUACUGAGGUCCCUACCACUACGACUACUGAGGUCCCUACCACAUCGACUACUGAGGUCCCUACCACUACGACUACUGAGGUCCCUACCACUACGACUACUGAGGUCCCUACCACUUCGACUACUGAGGUCCCUACCACGUCGACUACUGAGGGUUUCUACUACGAAAACAUCUUCGCCUUCGAAUGA